AUGAUCAGCAUCCUUGAGUUCAACUAUCGUCGUGCUGAAGCCGCAUGGAGCGGGACCGGCACUCACGUUAUGGAGGGUUCAGGGAGGAUGCUGGUGACAGCUGUUGGCGUCAAUUCUCAAGCUGGCAUAAUUUUCACUCUGCUUGGAGCCACUGAUGGCUCGGACGCCGCCGCUCCGGAAAUACCACCCACCGUGACGACCGUUCCGUUGGAAAAAAUGGACUCCCAGGUCACGACUCCUCUGCUCCACAGUCCUCCCGAUCAUCGAGCUGAUGGUUACGCCUGCCGUGCCCCGGGCUCCCUCGGACACAGUGGCAACCCCCCGGCAGCUGGCCAUCUCAGUACUUUGACUUUAAAGUUCUGUUUCUACAUUCAGACACCUCUCCCCACCCCUUCGCUUCAUCUAAUCGCCGUCUACGUAUUCCUCUUCUUCCUCCUCCCCCUCUUCCUCCCUCUCCGACUCAUUGUCAUAAUCAUCAUUACCCUCUCCCAUCUCUUCUACCAACAGUUCUUUCAUGGUGUUCAGAACAAAAUGCCGCACGCAGAUCUGUCCUGGCGGACAUAA